AUGUCGUGCCCAGACUGUUUCCGCGGCUCAGUGCACGCGCACGGCGAGCCGCAGGGCAAGAUCGAGACCGUCCACGGGCUGCGAACGUACAUUGCGGGCGGGGGCAGCGACAUCGACGGCACGAGAUCCAAGUCAUCGAUCCUGUACCUGCCGGACGCGUUCAGCCUGAAGCUGGUGAACAACCUGCUGCUGGCAGACCAGUACGCGGCGCGCACGGGCUGCCGCGUGCUGAUCCCGGACGUCGUGUACAACGGCGGCAUGUCGCCACACGUGCUCCCCUUGAUGGAAGGGCUGAUGGAGCCGAAUGCCAGCUGGAGCGUCGGUGGCGUGCUGGGGAAGCUCGUGACCGCGCUGCGCGUCAUCCCCUAUGCGCUGCCCUGGCUGGUCUUCGGGCAUCCCUCGAAGGUGUAUCCGCAGGUCCUGGCGUAUGCGCGUGCCAUGCGCGCCGAGCUGCCGGCGGGCGGGAAGCUGGGCGUCGCGGGCUUCUGCUGGGGCGCGUGGGGAGGGACGAAGCUCUGUGCCGAGAGCGCCGUCGAGGGCGGCAGCGACAGGCUGAUCGAUGCUCAGUUCAACGCCCACCCGAGCUAUAUCGUUGACACACCCGAGGUGGUCGUCGACGCCAUCACCAAGUUCAAGGUCCCGUGUGCGUCGGCCGUCGCCGAGAAGGAUUUCCAGUUCAAUGCUGAGGUGGCCGGGAAGACUGAGGCCAAGGUCAGGGACGCUGUCGGGGUCACGGGGGGCGAUGGGGGGUAUACCUACGAGUUCAAGAUCUAUAAAGGAUGCAAGCAUGGUUUUGCCGUCAGAGCCCAGCAGGAUACCGCCAGUAUGGAGGGGUACAAGGAGGCGUUGAACCAGGCGGUUGCUUGGUUCGACAAGUAUUUGAACUAA